UGCCUGCUGACUAAUACCAGUGAUUUACUGCAUUUGUUAAUCAAACAUUUACAGUCAUGGCCAAAAGUGUUGGCACCCCUGAAAUUUUUCCAGAAAAUGAGUUAUUUCUCACAGAAAAGUUUUGCAAUUACACAUGUUUAUUCCCUUUGUAUGUAUUGAAACGACAACAACAAAAAAAACAUAGAAAAAAGCAAAUUUCACAUAAUUUCACACAAAACUCCAAAAAUGGCCAGACAUCAAUCACUUCCUAUAACCAUCAGUAAGCUUCUUACACCUCUCACCUGGAAUUUUGGACCACUUGUACUUUGCAAACUGCUCCAGGUCUCUCAUAUUGGAAGGGCACCUUUUCCCCAAAACAAUUUUAAGAUCUCUCCACAGGUGUUCAAUGGGAUUUAGAUCUGGACUCAUUGCUAGCCACUUCAGAACUCUCCAGCGCUUUGUUGCCAUCCAUUUCUGGGUGCUUUUUGAAGUAUGUUUGGAGUCAUUGUCCUGCUGAAAGAUCCAUUAUCUCGGACGCAAACCCAGCCUUCUGACACUGGGCCCUACAUUGCGACCCAAAAUCCUUUGCUAAUCCUCGGAUUUCAUGAUGCCUUUGCACACAGUCAAGGCACCCAAUGCCAGAGGCACCAAAACAUCUUUGAACCUCCACCAUAUUUGACUGUAGGUACUGUGUUCUUUUCAUUCCGUUUUUGGUCAACAGUAGAAUGCUGUACUUUACCAAAAAGCUCUAUCUUGGUCUAAUCUGUCCACAAGAUGUUUUCCCAGAAGCAUUUUGGCUUACUCACAUACAUUUUGGCAAACUGAAGUCUUGCUUUUUUAUGUCUCUGUGUCAGCAGUGGGGGUCUCCUGACAUAGCGUUUCAUUUCAUUCAAUUGUUGGCGGACAGUUUGCGCUGACACUGAUGCACCCUGAGCCCGCAGGACAGCUUGAAUUUCUGUGGAACUUGUUUGGGGCUGCUUAUCCACCAUCCGGACUAUCCUACGUUGCAACCUUUUAUAAAAAAUUUUUCUCUACCGUCCACGUCUAGGGAGAAUAGCUACAGUGCCAUGUGUUGCAAAUUCCUUGAUCAUGUUGCACACUGUGGACAAAGGAACAUCUAGAUCUCUGCAGAUGGAUUGUAACCUUGAGAUUGUUGAUAUUUUUCCGCAAUUUUGGUUCUCCUCUUUCUGUUCUCCAUGCUUAGUGUGGCACACACAGACACAAUGCAAAGACUGAGUCAACUUCUCUACUUUUUAUCUUCUUUCAGGUGUGAUAUUUAUAAUGCCCACACCUGUUCCUUGCCCCAGGCAUUGGAACCCAAUCUAAACUGAUGCACGACUGCUAUGUGUGUGUGCGGAGCAACGUGAUGCAUCGCAGUGCGCGUUAAAGCAGAUAAAUCCUGCACGUGAGCGCGGCGUGUGACAGUCACCAGGUGCAGGCGGCACGCAGCGCAGCUACAGGACUAUACACAGAGCAGCAGGACAAACCGAGACUCCAGCACGGAUUUCUUUAUUUUAUUUUUUUACAGCCAUGUGGUUCAUCAAUAUCGCGCUGAUUAUACUGAAGUUAUCGGUUUCGGCUGAGGGCUUUUCGACAUGCCACUCUUAUGACCUGGACGAUCAUAAGUCAAAGAGGAUAGAGGCAGUGCGCGGGCAGAUCCUAAGCAAACUACGCAUCCGAUCACCACCGGACCCCGUAGCAGCCCCUCAGCCGGAGUCGGUGCCCUUCGAGGUCAUGCUGCUUUAUAACAGCACCAAAGAUCUGCUGAAGGAGCGCGCGCGCCACGCGGAGUCCGCCUGCGAGCGCGAGAGCAGCGAGGAAGAUUAUUACGCCAAAGAGGUGCAGCGUGUGGACCUGCUUCCUCAGCGCGCGAAUAUGAUAAACACAGUGCCUCAGAGUCCAUACUUCAGAGUGGUGAAGUUUGACGUCACCAAUGUAGACAGGAAUUCUAGCACACUUGUCAAGGCAGAGUUUCGCAUAUACAGGGUGCAGAACACACAUGCGCGAGCCAUGGAGCAGCGAGUGGAAAUUUACCAGAUUUUGAAAUCUGAUGAUAUUACAGGUUCCCCUCAUAGGUAUAUAGAUUCGAGAACUGUACAGCCUCGAGCCAAGGCGGCAUGGAUCUCUGUUGAUGUCACUGAGACUGUGAAAGAGUGGAUGGCUUACAAAGAGAAGAACUUGGGCCUAAUGCUCAGUGUCCAUUGUCCAUGCUGCACAUUUGUUCCAUCCACAAACAAUAUUGUGCCCAACAAAAGUGAGGAGUUGGAAGCUCGUUUUGCAGGUGUUGAUGAUGACCUGAUUCGCCCUAACAGGAGGCCAGGUGUUACUAAAGGUGCGAUAGAGUUCAGUACUAAAACGCCACACCUCAUACUGACCCUGCUGCCAACAGACCGCUUGGAAAACCCCAACAAAAAGAACCGAAAGAAGAGGGCAGCUGCUGACGCUGCGACAUGCUCCAGGAAUGCAGAUCAAAGCUGUUGUUUAAGGUCACUGUACAUCGACUUCCGUCGGGACCUAAACUGGAAAUGGAUCCAUGAACCAAAAGGAUACAAAGCAAAUUUCUGUGCUGGCAACUGCCCCUACUUGUGGAGUGCAGACAAUCACUAUAAUAUGAUUUUGCCACUUUAUAACAAAAUGAAUCCUGAGGCCUCAGCGUCUCCCUGCUGUGUGCCUCAGGACCUGGAGCCUCUCACUAUCGUUUAUUUCCUCGGUCGGACUCCACGGGUGGAGCAGCUCUCAAACAUGGUGGUCAAAUCCUGCAAAUGCCGCUGACUGCUGGAGGUACGAGAGUAGACAUGCUGAAGAGAUGGAGCGCACAGGGGAGGAUGCAGGAGACACAGUAGAGUAUGGACAAUGUCUGUGGACAGUCAGAAGAGCAAGUGAAUACAUCUCAGAUGAUGGUGCGCAUGUUUUCUUUUUCUCAGGCUUCACUCAUUUGGAGUUGAUUCAGAGAAGUUGCACAGCAUUAAUCGAUAACUGCAAAUAAUCUUCACCAAAUGAAACUGUUUCAGGUACAUAAUGCCAUUCAGUCUUAUUGUUCUUCAUGUUUCAAACCGUUUUUCUGUCAUAGUGUUUUAGUUUAAUCCUUUAAUAAAAAGAAAGUAUUUAAGAGAUGGUAGUCAAAGAACCACCAGGCUUUAGUGUUGAUCUAGUUGUGCAAGAGCAGUUUACUGUAGAACUGUAGAGCAGUUUGUUUGAGUUUGUUUUGGGGUUUUUUUUGGUAUUUUUGAUUACACAAAGUGUACAUAUUUUUCCAGACAGGUAAGGGUUUUUAUAUGUUUAUAUACCAAAUAAAAUUUAUUACAUGACUCAUGUUUGACACUUUUCAUCAGCUAGGAU